AUGUUGUCGCGACUGACGAUGCUGCGGAAGCUGAGCGCUCGCCUCGCGCCGGCCGCCGCUGCUCCAAUACUUUCAGCCAGUUUCUCUUCACCAGCCGCUAGCCGUCGCGCACGACGCUUGCGUAGAUCCAAAACUAGCGCCAAAGCGGCCGAUAAUUCGUCUGCAGACCCGCGAACUCCUUCCAUUUUGGCGGACAUUGCUGAGCUCUCGCGAAACGGCCUAGCGCGGCGCGUGGAGAUGCCAACGGAGCUGUUGGAGCGUCUUGCAUCCGUCGUACGUAGCCGCACGCACUCGCAGCUCGAGAUGCUACGCCAGAAGCACGUAGGUGACCGCCGGAAUACGCGACAGGUGCCACUUGACAUGAGCAAGACACCUCUGGGCUGGACCAUGGACCGCAGCCAGCAGAUCCCGCCCUUUGCCUACGGCCCGGCCGAAACGCUGGCCUUCCUGGCCUACGAGAUGGAGGCCACUUACGCCUGCACACACGCUGUAUUCACUGAGCUGCAGAAACGACUACCCGACUUCAAGCCUAAGUCCGUGCUGGACUUCGGUUCAGGACCCGGUACGGCAUCUUGGGUGGCCAAAGAUUUCUAUGACCAAUCACUGGAUAAAUAUCGCGUGGUGGAGCCCAGCCAGUCUAUGGUGGACGCGGCUGAGGUCGUGCUCGAGGGAUUUCCAGGCUUGAGUAUGCGUCGCAAUAUCACCGACUUGUCCAGAGACAUCGAUGCUGGCAACAAAUACGACCUCGUAGUAGUGAGCUACGUGUUUUCAGAUAUCACGAACGACUUCGAGCGUGUCGCGACUACCUCAGCACUAUGGGAGCUGCUGAGCGAGGACGGGUGUCUGGUGAUUGUAGAUCGUGGUAGUCCGUGGGGGUCGCAUCACGUGCGAUCCGCGCGUCAGUUUGUGCUGGACUUGGUUGCUAAGGAUGCAAAUGGCAAGGAAGGUGUGCGCAUUGUGGCCCCGUGCCCGCAUCAUGAUGAGUGUCCAGUAGGUGGAAACACGUGGUGUCACUUUGUGCAGCGCUCGCCUGUAGUGAAUCGCCCUCGUGAAGUGACUACUAAGCGCUGGCAUGGGCAGAAGGGCUCCAAGUUCUCGUACAUGAUCAUGCAGAAGACACGCAAAGGAAGUGAGGAAGAUGCCGCCGCGAAGAAGAAGAAACCGAUUGCACGCUUGCUUCUAGGCCCACUGCUUGCUACCCGCCACGUGCAUCUUGACCUGUGCACUCCGGAGGGAAAGCAUGAGCGUCGUAGUGUAACCAGAGGUAAAGCAGUUCGUGAGGUGUAUCGUGCGUCGCGGAAGGCACAUUGGGGAGCGUUAUGGCCAGCUGACGAGUCCAGUUACCUGAAGGACAAGUAG